AUGGAUAAGAAUAAAACCCUGGAAAACGACUUCAUUUCCACCAACCAAACAAACCAUCUUUCUUCCAUGAGUUCAGAGAGUUUAUCCAUAUGCACCGAAGGGCUCGGUUUUGAAAGCUUUGAUGAUGUGGAAGAAUUGAAAAAUGAAGAGUAUGUUUCCGAGGAAAAGAAGGAAAGAAAUGUUGUUGAUACAAGAACAAAAAACGUGGUAUCAUCAACAGCAUUACCUGAUGAUGGGAAGAGGUCAAGCAUCACAGGAACAGAACUCCCUCCGCCUAUUGGGAAUGCGUGGGUGUGUCUGAAAUCAUUUCGGGAAAAUGGUAGGUUCAUUUUGAAGGAGGUGAAGAUUCCGAUACCAGAAUUUAUGUAUGCAUGUCGAGAAGAUGGAAGAUUGAAGCUGCGGUUUAUUCAAUAUGCUGCUGAUAAAUGUGUUUAA